UAAUUCCAAUUGAGAAGGUCUUUGGAUCUUCUUCCUCUUUUCUUCGUCGCAACCAGAACCGGAGAUCAAUAUCGACCGUGUCUCUGCGUGUGGGGUUUCUCUCCUUUGAAUCAGGUCUCGUUCCGAUUCCACAGUCAAAUCUCACUGUGUUGCUCUGUUGACUUCAAAAAAUGGCGCCGGUUUCAGCUCUUGCGAAGUACAAGCUCGUCUUCUUGGGAGACCAGUCCGUCGGCAAAACCAGCAUCAUCACUCGCUUCAUGUACGACAAGUUCGACAACACCUAUCAGGCUACAAUUGGUAUUGAUUUUCUAUCAAAAACAAUGUAUCUUGAAGAUCGAACUGUACGACUGCAGCUGUGGGAUACGGCCGGACAGGAGAGAUUCAGAAGUCUUAUUCCAAGCUACAUUAGGGACUCAUCUGUUGCUGUUAUUGUAUAUGAUGUUGCAAGCCGGCAGACUUUCCUAAACACAGCAAAGUGGAUUGAAGAGGUGCGAACAGAGAGAGGCAGUGAUGUCAUUAUUGUUCUUGUUGGUAACAAGACUGAUCUUGUUGAAAAGAGGCAAGUCUCGAUAGAGGAAGGAGAAGCAAAAGCACGUGAACUCAAUGUUAUGUUUAUUGAAACUAGUGCAAAAGCUGGGUUUAAUAUAAAGGCCCUAUUUCGAAAAAUUGCUGCAGCAUUACCUGGGAUGGAAACACUAUCUGCUGCAAAACAAGAAGACAUGGUUGAUGUUAACUUGAAAUCCUCAACAGCCAAUCCUCAGUCCCAACCCCAGUCAAGUGGAUGUGCUUGCUGAAUGUGCUUUAUCUUGUGCUUGCACUUUUUCUGUGUCAUGCUUUUUGUUUUAUGCAGGGUUCUCUAGUCUUUUACAGCAUUGUUUGAAAAGAGUAAGGAUAUAAAAGUCGGGCGGGUUAGGGUUGAAAAGUUUCAUCUAGUAUCUAGCAGAAAUAUCUUGUUAGCUGGUUAUGCCUUCAACAAUGUACUAAUGUAGUGAAAGUUGGCCAACUUAAUAUUGAAUUGUUCAUUGUAUUGUACCCUAUAAAACGUGUGAUAAAUUUAAAAUUUUGUAUGUUCGUUUGGA